AUGCAGUUAAUAAACACACCAGAUUUCCAAAUAGAAACAAGUUCUGAUGUUUCUAAGUUGUUAAACUCAGGCGAAAAUGAAGAAUUAUUGACCCAGUUCGAAAAUGUCACGCUAGUUUUUAAUGAAGCCAACAAUGGUGAUGGCAAAUUGUAUUUGACAAAUGUUAGACUACUUUGGUUAAACAAUCAGCCUUCCAGCACCUCGUACUCGUUUCCAUAUAAAUCGAUGAUGUUCCACGCACUCUCGAGAGAUUUGAUUUUAUUUAGCAGGCCCUGUGUGCUCAUUCAACUUAAUUUGACCAGCGAGGAGGAGGACAACCACUCAGUACUGCUAUCUCCAACAGACUCGACGGUGUUGGACCUUCUUUUUGACCAGAUUUCAAAAUUCAGUACUCUGGUGGACCCACCACUUGAAGAUGACCCCAACUGCGAGGUGUACGAGGAACCGGAGCCAGACCAAUGA